UAGUGACGUAGUUACUAUUAUUUUCGAUUCAAUUCCAACAUGGAGUGGGACGACAGUAAAGUAUUACAAUUAGUAGAACUGUAUCGUGCACAAGAAGUAUUAUGGAACCCAUGGAACAAGGACUACAAAAAUCGUCCAAAGCGUUACGACGCACUGUACAAAAUCGCAUCAGAAUUGUCUAUAGACGUAACGGAAAUAGAACGAAAGAUCAAAAACGUAACAAGUCAUUACUACCGGGAGAAAAAGAAAGUUAAUAAUUCAAAAAAAACCGACAAUAUAUAUAGAUGUAAAUGGUUUGCAUACAAGUCACUCAGCUUUCUCAAAAAUAAUUGCAAGAAGUGUGGAACAAAUGAUACUGACGAAUUGGAGAUGGAAACCACGCAACAAGAGGAUUUACCGUCAACGCAAACCGAUUCAACACAGAAGUCAGCGGAAAACAACAAUAAACGUCGCAAAAAAGAUCCUAAUUUGGACAUAAUAAGCCAAGCACUAGAUAUUAUGAAGAGCAUCUCCCAACGCCAAAAUGAGACCAAAGAAAAAGACGAAGAUAGUUUAUUUGGCGAAUACAUUGCGGCAAGCUUAAAGAAAAUGGAUCAAUCCACCAAAGCUAUGGUCAAACAUCGGAUCAAUAACAUAAUAUUUGAAGGCGAAACUCGCGUUAAAGAGGAAAUACAAUAAGCAAACAUAUUUGCACAAAAAUAUAGAACCUCACGCAUUCAUAUGAGACAAAAAUUAGCAGAGAACAAAACAGAACAUGUCGUCAUUACCGGCAGAAAAAGGAUCGAAGCUAGCUUUGAGAGUUGGACGCCACCAAAUCACCUCUCAAUCCUCCAUGUGUUAACUCAAGUUUACUGCAGACAAUGCGUCUAUACUGUGGUACCAAAGCUAGCCAGGCCCAUGCCAAAUGUCCGGUGGCCCAAAGACAAAUAAAAAUUGUUGCAUCGAUAAUCGAUGCUAAAGUAUCGAUAGUCCAACAUACUGGGAUCAUCAACAUCACUAUUGUGCGAUAUUAUCUAAUUAAGUAAGUUUUUAUACGGUAAAUAUGUACUGAUAAUUCAUUAGCCGUAUCGUCUUUAAACUCAGUAUCGAUACCAGUUCGAACUGUUUCUACAGCCUUAGUACGCUGGAAUUCAUUUUCAAUACAUUAAUUGUACUGAAUGAGUAGAGUGUUAUAUACCCAUAUAUAACUUUACUCUUAAAGCAAUCAAAAAACAAUUGAAAGGCAAGCAAUGCAACACUGACCUCUACUUCUACUUCCUUGUGCGGUGUUUCCGGGACGAUACGACAUGGGUACCUUCAAGAAAAGCGCGUACACCUUCCUUAAAGGCCGGCAACGCUCUUGUGAUUCCUCUGGUGUUGCAGGAGAGUGUGGGCGGCGGUGAUCACUUAACACCAGGUGACCCGUACGCUCGUUUGUCGUCCUAUUCCAUAAAAAAAAAAAAAAUACUAUAUACCACUGGACUGGGUUGUCAAAGUGCUUUUGUGCCUGUUUGAUAUUCGCCAUUUUGGAGCUGUUGGCCAUGUAACGAGAGUCUGCGGUCCUAAAACUAGUGACAACCUCAGCAAACAUCGAUAUCUAAUAUUUAUCUAUAAUUUAUUUAAAAAAAUGUGUACUUUAUUGCGUUAAUUCUUGAAGUAUAAAUAACUCGGAAAACGAACGAAAUUAAUUCAAAAUGCAAAAAUACUUCAGAUUUUGUACGUUCCUUCGCAGCCAUUUGUAUUAUACGUCAAAAUUAGUUCUCUAGACGCUUGCGAGUGGCGCUUAAAUAGGCACAAAAAAUUUGCUGUUAAACAUAUGGAACAGCAUGUCCAGUGGUAUUUAUACAGCUCAGUGCAAUCCAAUGAUGUAUAUUCUUUUAAUCUAGAAUUUUCUAGCUGCCAUGUGAAAAGCGUCACUUUGAAAUCCUACAUCAACGAGCUUUUACAUAAAUUAAACGUAGGCAGUACGCCAGAAGGACAAUUUCGUACUAAAGUCAAAGUCAAACUAUAUUAAAAUGGCUUAAACAAUAUUUCAUUUAACUUACUGCAUCUACCACAUUAUGUUCGGAAAGAGAAGAACAUACAAGAAACUCAACGGCCACUCUUUAAAAUCAAUGAGUAUUUUAAUAUUAUUGUUGUAAUAUACUUACUUAAUAACAAAUUAGUUUGUAAGGUGCUGCAUCCAAUUUAUUAUGGAUCAUGUCCAAAGUUAAAAAGCGUUUCAAAUAUCAAAUAUAUCAUAAAAAAUCUUUAUAAAUAUAAAAUAUUGUAUAUUGGAUGCACCAACCUUUAAAUCAUGUGAUAACUGUCCUAAUUAAUAAUCGUUUAAAACAAAUACUUUAUUAACUUUA